GUGAAUACUUUUUGGGUGUUUCGUUGAACACUGUGAACUAUGCGAUAUGGCAACGUUGAAUUUCUAUAUUUCCGAAUGACAACGAACGUCAAAGUCAAACGACAAAUUCAAAUAAUUUAGAAAAAAACGUUGGUCACGCCUGCGAAAUGGAUGUUAGUUGGUGAUCUAAAUGUUUGUAGAUUAUAGAUAAGAGAGUUGGAGUGCAUAUAAUAAUAAAAUGUUUUUAGUUUUUACGUAGCAAGUCGGUUUUUUCUGUUUACUUUUUAUUCCCUUUUUUGAAAAAAGGGAAUUAAUGAUAUAUAAGUGUAAUUGAUUAAUUUAUCAAAGUUUAAAGUUUAAAGUUUACAAUGACUUGUCAGAGUAUAUUCAGUUAUGAAACAUGGGUUCAUGCUACUGCUGGCUCUUUAGGGAGUAUGAUAGCUAUGGCGACUUUUUAUCCAUUGGAUACUAUUCGUUUUCGACAGCAGUUAGCUGAUUCUUCCCUAAAGAAUGAGAGUGUUGUUUCCUCAUUACUACAAAUUCUUCAAAGUGAAGGAAUAAUUGCUCUCUAUCAGGGGUUAAAGCCAGUGUUGAUAAGUUUAGGAGUAUCAAAUUUUGUUUAUUUCUACACAUUCCAUGGUUUGAAAAAGAUAUUUAAAGAAUCAGCAAAAAAUGACUUAUCAUUAAGUUUUGUUGCUGGUGUGAUAAAUGUGCUAUUUACAACUCCUCUUUGGGUUGUAAAUAGUCGUUUGAAAGUGUCUCAUCCCCCGUAUUAUUCCAAUCUUAUAGAUGGAUUGAUAUAUAUAGCAAAUUCUGAAGGACUAAAGGCACUUUGGUCUGGUUUAGGACCUUCUUUGAUUUUAGUUCUCAAUCCAGCUUUGCAAUUUACAAUAUAUGAAGCAUUGAAACGAAAAAUAUCUGCCAAUUCAGCAGGUGCUUAUUUUCUAAUCGGUGCUUGUGCCAAAGUUAUAGCUACAGUAUUGACAUACCCUUUACAAUUAGCACAGACAAGACAAAGGUAUGGCAAAGGGAAUAAGAUUGGAAUGGUUGCACUUUUGUUUUCAAUUUUAAAACGAAAUGGACCACUGGCACUAUUCAACGGUUUGGAAGCUAAGCUUACACAAACUGUUUUAACAGCAGCUUUGAUGUUUAUGUGCUAUGAAAAAAUUGUUUUUUAUGUUUUUCGCAUUUUAUUAAGAGGCACAAACACCAAAAAAUUAGUAUAAUUGCUUUGCUUGUAGUUCCUGGUGUCAGUAUUUUUUCACGUUAUUUUAUGUGAUGUUGUUUUGAAUAUGUUGGUUCCUUUUUUAUGUAUGGCUUUAAUAGUUUAUAAUAAUAAAGUGGUUACAUGCUUGUA